UGACAGACCCCUGACCUGCCUUGCCUACCAGCAUCUCCACUUUUGUUUUUAACUUAAGAAGCGUUGUCAGCAUGAAAAGAGGAACAGUGGGGCCACCUGAGUGCUCCCAAGUCAGCCCAGGGCUCUGCUGGCCUCUUGGGCAAAUGCAGGCAGAGGUUCCAGAGCCUGGGAGUCCGUCCCCUCCGGAUUGGCCUCCUCCUCCCUGGGGUGCCACCGCCCUGGGAUGUCCUAGCCUGUUAUCAGCCUUUCCUCAUCCCAUCCCAGGGCUGUUGUCAGCCACUAGCAUGAGGCCGCGGGGACAGGGGCUAUUAGGCAGCAGAGCCCCAGUGUUUUAGGAACCAUGGGGGGCUGACUGUUGAUGCCAUCCUGGGCAGGCUUUAUUGAAGGCUCUAAUCACACAGCAAUCCAGUUCUCACACACCAGGGAAAAGUCAGUAGCUGGCCCCAUCCCCUUCCUUCCCUUAGCCCGAUCACUGAUUUUAAUGGCCUCUCGGUAUCUGGUGCAAAUCGAACUCAGGGUCUUUUUAUUUAGACAAUCACCAUGGGCCACAAAAUGAGUUGCUUUCUCAGUUUACAGACAACCAUGUCCCUUGAGGCCUCCGUCAGGCUCUGAUUUCAGGAGGACUCUGUUCUCAGGUUAAAAGGAAGGCAACUUGCAUCUUGUAGUUUAAUGAAUUUACAUAAAUCUCUGAAGUAGCAUUGUCCGACCCGGCAUGCCAACCAGACUUUAAUGCUGUGCUCUAGAUUUGUGUAAAAUAGAAGUUGGGGGAAGAAUAUGGCUCCCCCCCGUUCCCUUUUCCCACCUCCUCUUGCCCAGCCCCUUUUAUGUGGGGCAAGCAAAGUAGUUAAAAAUGUCAAACUCACAGUAUGCACUGUCAACAACACAAUGAGGAGGCUGAAAUAAAAUCCUGCAACUCCACAGUGAUACUUUAUACUUACAUAGGGCCUUUCAUCAGAGCCUUCCAGUGCCUUAGAGACAUUAACCCUCGCUGCACCUCCCUGGGCUGGGCCUGGAGCCUGGGCUGGUUGAGAAAGAAAAUGGAUGAGAGGCUAGCACCCCAUUUCCAGGACAGGUCCCAGGCAAAUUUUCAAAGUUGGUAAAAUUUUACAACCUUCCCUUUCAUCAUCCCUUUCAACAAACAUGUGCCAUAUCAGGUCCCUCUCCAGAGGUCCCUGGCAUCCCGCAAGUGUGAACAACCCAAUAGAUAGACUACAUGUGUGCUGAGAGUUCCAGCAAGCAGCCCUCCCUCCCCCAAUAAGGGAAAAGCACUUGUAAGUUUGAAAUUUGAUAUAUUGUGAAAUACAUCAAAGCAGUCGUUAUGGGAGUAAUCUGAACUUUGUUGGACUUCUUCACACUUCAUGGUUUGCUCUGGUUUCUGUUUGAUUUAUGUAGGGGGACUACUAUAACAUCUGCAGCGAUUCAAGCCUAUACAUGUCUUUAUCUGACGAUGUGUUUAGGACCAUCAAUGUGGCACUGGUUUUCGCACUUUGUGCACCAACUUUGUGUCAGAUGUGAUCUAUUGUAGGCAGUAGUUACCAGGAAUUUGCUCAUUGAUUGCUUUUUUCCUAAGGAACCUGGACAAAGCUACAAGAUCUUUAUCAAUGUCUGAUUAUAGACAAGAGAGUCAUAUAUUUACUCCCCUUGUUAUAACCAGUACUUCUUAAACUAUGGUCUGGGGACCAUCUGCAUGAGAAUGAUGUGGCCACUUUCUAAACAUGCAGAUUCUCAGGGCCCCUAAGACUCACACUCUCAAAGCCAUGCUAGUUUUUUGUGGGGAAUGCUGACUCCUUCUAAAAUCUAAAAUCUGCUAUGUGACUCCUUCUAAAAUCUCUUCCGUUUCCUGUUUCUGAUCAUAUUAACUCUUACAGGGUAGACUGGCUGGCCACAGGCCAUCUCUUAAGCCCUGGUAGAACCAUUAGCUCCAUGAGAAAAGGUAGAUAUUGGAGCAAAGGAGUAGGAGUUCCUGAAGGCUCUCAGCAUAAAGGGAAAUCAGCAGUAAACAUUUAAAUGCCUGCCCUCCACGAUGUUUUCCUUCCCGCAGGUGGAUCUUGCCCAUGUCCCAGGGUAUGGAGCAUUUCCUCCAUGGCAGCACUGAGACUAAGCCCUGAGAAUCUGAUUCCUAUGGUCUCUACCCCUCUCCUUGAGGCCUACACUAUAUCUCUUCUACAAGCUAAGCGGAGGGGUUGGGUUAUGGAAAGGAGCAGACGUCAUGCUAGUUUGAGAUUGAAGUCUGAAGGUCUGUUGAAUGUCUAGCCAUAUAUCUGUAUAUAGGAAUCAGAACUGAGUACUUUAAUGAUGGCUACAUGCUUAUAAUUCAAAUUUUCCUUAUUCAUGUUGGUAUACCAAUUAUUUUCAACGGAGCUAGCCCUCCACAGGACGCUGGAAGGUCAGGCAGAGUUGAAAUGGUGGAUCUGCUCCUUAUUAUUUGUGUGAUCAUAGUCAAAUUACUUAAGUAACAUAUCUCUCUGGGCCUCAGUUUCCUCAGGUGUAAAAGGGGAGUGAUAAUCAUAGUAUCUAACUCACUGGGUUAUUUUAAAGGUAAAUUAAAUGAUGCAUUUAAAGCAAAUGACCCAUAAAAGUGCUUAAUAAAUGACAGUAGUUACAGUUGUUUAUCAGGGUAAGAGGGGGAGAGAGAGGGAAACCAGACACUGGAGGAAGACGCUGGACCUGGUAUGAGAGUCUUGGUGGGUCCCUAGUAACACACAGUCAUCACCAGCAAGCACCUCCAAGGCGUUUCACACUGUGCAGAUCUGAUUACCAUCUUUGACUUUAGGGAUUUUCCAGUUUAAGAUAGAAAAUGCUUAAACAUGAAGAAUACAGCACAAGACAUUUUAAAAAAUGAACAGAUAAAUAGAUAGACAUAUGCCUAUUAUAACACUGCUUGGCAGUCCUCCCUGGUGAGAGCAGGCUUCGUGGGAGAGCGGAACUUGCCUGAGUGGAGGAGUAGAAGGCACUGGAGCUGGGCCCUCAGUGGGAAGGUGGGCCAGGCGUGUCAGCAGGGGGGUGAUUCUGGCAGCAGCUUUAGCCAUCACCUGGUAGAGGUGGGAAAAACUCCCCCUGCCUCCCCAUUCCCUUACUUAUUUUUAUACUAAGUUGUAAGUCAAGUUAAAUACUUGUAUUUAACUCUCCCCUUGGGAAAGUGUGACCCUAUCACACUCAACGGGCUCCAAAUGUGCUUUUAAACAGAAGCUGGCUUCAGGUUCCUAUGAUAUGUGGAUCUGAGCAAAGCAAAAACAUGCAGGAGCUAUGGGCUGUGCUUUCCUUUCUUUGAAAUUAUUAUACUCAAGAUAUCUUCUCGCUAGGAAGUAAGGCAAGACGCCAGUAUUCUCUAGAGGAAUGGGGAUGGUGCUUUGAAAAACCUGUCUUACCUUGGUGGAAAUUUUCAAUGGUUUGUUUUCUUGGAUUUUCUUUUUCCUCUAAAGAAAAAUACAGUAUCUAAUGUAUGGCUUAUGCCUAUGGCUUUCCACUAUAGAGGCCCUGUGGGCCAUUUGUAGGGGAGACAGACCUGUGUUUUGUGCCAUCAUUCCAGGCCACUGACUUUCACAGCCCCGAGUCCCUCCUUAAGAAAGCUCUGAACACUCUUGUGGAUUAGACUUUCCUAACCUCCCCGGAGAGUUCCCUAAUGACCAGCCAUGACAAGGGGCCUGGCAAACCUGUGCCCUUACAAGUUGUCUGACUUUCCCCCAGUGCUUGCUGGCAACCAGCGAACUGAACCAAAGUGGUUCAUACUUGUCUUACCUUAAAACUCCAUUUGUCAAACGGCAAUUGCACAAGCAAAAGGUCAGCACUUUAUGUUCUGAGCACUUAACUUUAAUCAUUUCUUAAGGUGGAGAGAGUCUAAGAGGUUUUCAAAUAGGUCCUCAAAUGUAAUGGAAAGGGGAUUGGUCAUUCCAUCAGGAAUAAACACCCAGUGCCUCAUUCUCCCUCUUCUUUACCCCAUGCUAUCCCCACGUACUGCUGCAUCCUACCAGAAACUCUACAAAGAGGCAGCCAAUCCAUAGGUCUUUGUUGAGCACCUACUGUAUGUCAGACACUUGCAGAAGGUGUCUUCUUGUGUAGGUUUCUUUUUGUGAUUUAGUUUGAAAAUUGUACAACCAUGUACUUUUUUAUUAUUUUUAGUAACAAAAGUGGAACAUGCUCAUGGAAAAAAAAAGUCAAACCACACAGAAACAUACAAAAGUGAAAGUUCCCCUACCUCACUCCCCAAGGACAACCACUGUUAAUGAUUUGUAUAAUUCGUCCCAUUGCAUGCUACCUUCUAUACUGCAAUCUGCUUUAUUCAUUCAACAAGCCACUGCCUACUUCCUUCCAUAUCAGUAGAUGCAGUUACCUCAAUUUUUUAAACUCUUAAGUUCUACACAUAUGCAGUAAUUUUUAUAAUUUACCUUUUCUCAUAUUGUCAAGUUGUCUCUACUUUAUUGGUUUAUAAAUAAUGCUUCUUGAACCAUCCUUGGGCUCUUUCGCAAGCAUAUUUGUGAGCUCUGGAAAAGUGGAAUUGCUGGGUGUAAAGGUGUGUACUUAUAAAAUCUUUGGGUACUUCUAGUUUGCUUUCCGUAAAUAUUGUGUUGAUUUAAAUCCAUUAGUGGCAUACAGGAUACACACUGUCUUUAAGUGAUUUCUUCAUGAAUGUGGUAUAUUUUGGGAUCUUGAUACCCUACCAAAUCCACAAUCCAUCACUGCUCUUUGAGAAAAUAAUUUUUGGAUGUGCAGUGAGCAUCCACUGUGGGUAAGUAGUAAGAUGUGAGGUCAUUGUUUUUCAAGGGCAGGGAGAGUGCUUAAUCUAAAUAUACACCCCAUCCCGUGGAAUCUGCCAACAUUAUUCCUGCCCCCACCCGCAAUGCCCUCCUCCUCCCAUUCCUGUUUAAGUUUCACUAUGGCAAGCGUUUUGGGUAUAAACAAAUAACACAACACAAUGGUUGCCCUCAAAGACCUUUCAAACUGAGUUGGGGAGACAGAACACAGAUGGCUAAAAAACAAGCUAAAAAUACAAGUCGGUAUAUAAAAAGCAACAAAUAAAUAUAAAUAGUCAGCAUCAUUAUAAGCAGUUCAGAGGAAGGAAGGAAAACAGCGGUCUGAGUUGAGCUCCGUGUUGAGCUCCGUGGCAGAGACUGGGCUGGGAUUAGUGGAUUUCUGUAGGUGGGGCUAGCCGUGGGUGGGAGAUAACUACAAAAACUGCAAAUAAGACCCAGCUGACAGAGAAAGAGAGAUUCCACAAAAUAGGGGAAAAUAGGGGCAAAAGUGCCCACUUUUAUCUUGCUAGUGGGAAGAGGGUGGGGUUUACAGUAGUCCUUGAGAUUGUUGGAAACACUUGGCAGGAGUUAUUUAUUUGUUUUUUAUUUUUUGGCAUGAUGGGGGUGGUGUAGGUAGGUCAUUAAAGUUUUGAGAAUCUGAAGACAGCUUCCAGCAUUCGUCUCAGGAAAAACCCACCUGUUUGCACACACGAACAAUUCUGCUGAUGAUUUCAGGGAGCCCUUCCUUUGACCUCGAGUUGAGAAGCUUUAGAGGCUACUGUAAAAGAGUUGCAACCUGGGACAAUCCAUCUAGAAAAAGUGUUAGCAGGUAUAUAUAUCACAGGAACACUUGUUAGGCAAUAUAAGGCAUAACUAAUAUUCAUAUAUUUAUGAAUCGUCCAACUCUGAACAGACUGGAAACAGGUGGGUAAACAACGUGGUAGGGCCCUCCUGGCAUUUGAGAUUUUUCCUCCACAUCUUCAAUUUAUUCAGCACAAAUUAGGGGAGGGGAUUCGCUGCCUUUUUCAGGAGAAAGGAUCUGACUCGAGAGAAAGCAAGCUCUUGAAAAUUUGAAUCAAUGGGAUUAUUUCCGCGUGUAUAACUGGAAUCCACUCCAAGAUGCCGAUUUUUGCUGCAGAAAAGAUACUCUUGCUCCCCACCCCCUCCUUUCUUUUUGACAGUCAGUUAAUAAAGACUCAACAAUAAGCAGCUGCCAGUGAUGUCAUUUGGGACUUUGUCCACGGAGCUUGUAUUUACAAGCUCGGAGCAACCACGGAGCCGCAGCCGAGGGAGCGAGUCUCCGCAAACUUGCUCCGAGUUCGCUGCAGGACUUCGCUGCUGCUUUGGAUGUUCAGGAAAAUUGAGUGUGUUCUGUGAGCGCGGCCUUUUAAUGCUUCAAAAAUAAACAGAGGAUAAACUCGGGAGGAAAUUUUUAGCUGGAGAGAGUUGUUGCAGUUCCUGUGUCUGUCUCCAGGACUGUGAUAUGUGUUGACUGAAGAGCUAACUGCAAUGACCCUGGAAACAGAAGGGGAAUUCUUAUAAAUCACAAAGGAAAAUAAAUAACUUCACCCAUGGAGGGAAAGAGACAGCUUGAGAAAAGGGACUUUGGAAAACGGCUGUCUCUAGACAGCAGUCUUGUGGGCUUCAGAAUACAGCUGCAAACAAAAUCUUACCUAGGAAACCAACCUGUGGCUGAGGAAUACAUGGACUCCAAUAAAUACAUAGAGCACCUGCUAACUCAACUCGAGGAGCAACACAGAAGUCUCUGGAGGGAGAAGUUGGCCGUGGCCCGACUACAGCGAGAAGUUGCCCAAAGAAGAAGUGAGGGGGCCAUGCAUGAGAAGCUGAUACAUGAAUUGGAAGAAGAGAGACAUUUACGUCUUCAGAGUGAGAAGCGAUUGCAGGAGGUGACACUGGAGUCUGAACGCAACAGAAUUCAGAUGCGUGGCCUGCAGCAGCAAUUCUCCAGGAUGGAAGAAACAGUACGAAAUCUAUUGCAGAGUCAAGGACCUGCAGAACAGAAAAAAGAAGAAACUGUUAAUAUAAUGGUCUAUCAGGAAAAGCUGCCGGAGGAAGAGAGAAAACACAAGGAAGCUUUGGAAGAACUUCACAUGGUGGUGGAUGAGGAUUCGCGGAGCGAAAGCAGCAGUGCGGAUGAGGGGAAAGGAAAGACCAAAUUGCUGUUAGAAAGAUUGAAAGCACUAGAGGCAGAGAACUCAGCAUUGGCUUUGGAAAAUGAAAAUCAGCGGGAACAGUAUGAGAGAUGUCUUGAUGAGGUAGCCAACCAAGUUGUUCAAGCUCUGCUCACUCAAAAGGAUCUAAGGGAGGAAUGUAUAAAGUUGAAAACGAGAGUGUUUGAUUUGGAACAACAGAAUCGAACGUUAAGCAUUCUAUUCCAACAGCGAGUCAGGCCCACUUCUGAUCUGCUCCUCCAGAAACUUCACUCCCGCAUCUUAGAUCUUUCAUCCGGAGAUUUGCUUUCAGAUGUGGAAAGACGCCGAAGUCUGACGCAGGCACAAACCGAUGUUGAGAUGCACGAAUGCCAGCUGAAUGCAAAAUCAGGAACCCCUGCUCUGAAAUGCCCUGGCUUGGGGGUAGUCAUCCCUGGUCAUCUCUGUCCUCGAAAUAGCUGCAGCAGCAGUGAACUGUCACUUUCGAGCACCUGCAGCGAGUACUCCAGUGGCUCCUCCUACACGUGGCAUGAUGGGAAGAACCUCAGGAAAAGGCAAUCAUCACGAAACUGGGAUAAAAGGUUAAGUAUUGACUCUUCGCUCCCAAGUGGCUUUGCCAGUCCUACAGAUGAACCACCUCCAACUCGCAUCAAGGAAAGCCACAUUUUGGAAGGACUAAAAAAGCUGCAGAAGCGGAAAGCGUUACUUGAACCCCCGUCAGUGAUAACCAAAUGGGGUUAUAAAGAUUGCAUGAACUCAAAUGAAGGAAUAUAUUCUCCAGGAAUUAAGAGUAGCAGCCUCAAGGAGUAUUCCCCCUGCAAACCGACUGACAUGGGGAGCCCCUGCAAGGAGCCCCACAAGGCAUUUGUUUAUGAUACAGAUUCCCACGACGAUGCCGAUGAAGACUCUUCUUUAGCAUUGCUGCAAGCUGCUCCAAACCAGGACUACAGGCUGCAUGGUUGUAAAUUAACCCACAGUGUUUCUGACAGUCUAUUUGGCUGGCAGAUAAAUGGGAAACACUUUUCAGAAGGCACGUCCUCAGUUUAUCCCAGGGAAAGGCCUGAAAAGUUGACCAGUUGUGCCAGCAACUGCCCCUUGGAGAGGAAGCUGUGCCCAAGUGUGCAGGCGCCUCAGGUACAGAGAGAGAGGGAUCCACACAGUCAGGGCGCCAUGGCUCUCAGUCUCCAGCUCUCAGACACCGACGACAAUGAAACCCUCGAUGAGCUGCACAUAGAAAGCAGUGAUGAGACAGGCCCUUCAGACUUGUCAUUGACUGCCGACACAGACAAGUCCAUGGAGAACCUGGACAUCAUCAUGGGAUUUGGAAAAUCUCAACUUGGGUCUCCUAAUGAGGAGGAAAAACAAGUGCCCGUCCACUUAGAGAGUAGGCCAAAGACGUUUAGUUUCAUUAAGCAGCAAAGAGUUGUGAAAAGGACUUCUUCAGAAGAAUGUAUUACUGUAAUAUUUGAUGCGGAAGAUGGCGAGCCCAUUGAAUUCAGCUCUCACCAGACUGGCGUUGUCACCGUUACCAGAAAUGAAAUCUCCAUCAAUCAAGCCCCUGCUGGACCCAAGGCAGAACACACUGAACUUUUACCUCAGGGAAUUGCUCAUCUGCAGCCAGGAGCUGCUGUAAGAGACUACACUUUCUUAAAGAGACCUGAAGAGGAAACUGAGAAAAACAUUCCAAAAGAUGAUGUAGGUAAUGUUGCCGCAGCACCCACUGAAUCUUUGAGCCCCAGGACAGUAACGCAAAAUACUCAGCGACAAAGACUGGCCAAACCAACACACAAUAUGUCAUGCCAGAGUAACUCUAGGUCUUCAGUGUCCAUGGGUAUCUAUCAGAAGCAAAGUCUGACAAAAAUACCUGCCAGGGGCAAGUCUUCACCUCAGAAGUCAAAAAUAAUAGAGCCUGAAGCCUCCACAAGAGUCCUCUCAUCUGGCCCAGUGACUCUUGAAAAAUUACCAGCCUUAGCUCCUGGGAAACUCUCACGGUUCAAGAAGACUGAGGGCCCAGUGCCUCUCUUUGAUUUACGGCCAGAUUCACACAUUCCAAAACACCCCGCCCAACUUCCUCCCGGCUCCAAAAUGUCUGGCAGAAGGGAUUGGGUCCAGUGCUCCAAGAGUCAGAUUCCAGCAUCACAGUUGCUGUCAAGGCCCCUCAUUGAGCCUAGUAAUGGAGAACCCCCAACAAGGGAUAAACACUGUGACCCUGGACCAGAGGCAAGAAUGAAAUCACCUUCCCCCCCACCCCCUCCAGGCAGGUCAGUCUCCCUACUCAUCAGGCCCAGUUAUGACUAUGUGACACCACCUCCAUCUGCCAAGGCCGAAACAAGGGUCCCCAAUGAACCAGCAAGGAUGGUCUUCAAAUCUUCUCCUCUGAAAGGAUCCUCUGUUCCUGUUAUUUCUUCUAAUCAGACCAUAACAGAAGUGCAGGGGAAGAAACCUUCUGUGGCCUUCAAAAAGCCCAUCUUCACUCACCCUCUGCCCUCCACAGAAACAGUGGUUCAAACCAGAUGCUCUGCUCAUACCCCCUCUAGCUCAUUUUCCAUAAUGGCCCCAGGGCCCCCUAAGGUCUCUCCAAAGAGAACUAUCCCCAAAACGCCACCUCACCAAACACUUGGGACCACACAAACAGACACAGGGUUACGAACUCCCAAGAACUGUCCUUCAACCCAUGAGCCACUGGAAAUAUCGUCCUCCAAAAGUGUAUCUCCAGGAAGAAAAGGACAAGUGAAUGACAGUGUCUCUACAUCACCCAAGCCUUCCUUCUUAGGGGUAAAUGAAUCACCAUCAUCUCAGGUUAACAGUCCCUCAUCAUCACCAUCCUCUAAAAGCCAUAACCCCCCACAUGGUUGUCAAAACACUCAUGAGAAAGGACUGAAAACUCGCCUCCCAGUUGGGCUCAAAGUUCUCAUGAAGUCUCCCCAAUUGCUCAGGAAAAGUUCCACAGUGCCAGGGAAACAUGAAAAAGACAGUCUAAAUGAAGCCUCUAAAAGUUCUGUGGCUGCAAGCAAGUGUAAGCCAGAGGACUCCGGGAAUCCAGCAAGCCUUGAGACCACAGUAGGUGAAAGAAAUGUGAGUCCACUAGGGUUACAGACACAAGACAGUUUGGCUGAAGUGCUUCCCCUGGAAACAGCAACACCAGAUUCAUUGGAAAAUAGCAUCCCUGGGGCCGAUGGAAAAGAAGGAGUGGAAACCAGGUCUUUGAAAAGAUCCCUUUCCUCCAACAAGCCACACCUAAAACCAGCUCUGGGCAUGAAUGGAGCCAAAGCCCGCAGCCAGAGUUUCAGCACUCACUCAGGAGACAAGCCCUCCAGCCCGUCCGUGGAAGGGCCAGGCAAAGUUCGAACUCAGAUUAUUACCAACACUGCUGAGAGAGGCAAUUCCCUCACCCGGCAGAGCUCCUCCACAGAAGGCUCUCCCAACAAGACCCCGUCCGCUCUCAUGUCUGACAGUCUCCCCAGUGCAGGGAGGCCCUUGGGGCAGCCCUCCUCCAGGCAAGGCUCCUUGGGGAGCACAGGCAGCUCUAGCAGCCAGCACGGGAGCCCAGGCAAGUUGCCUGUGAGGGUCCCUCCAAAAUCUGAAGCGCUCCUCACCCCACCUGGAAUGGAAGACCAGCAGGCCUAUGCCCAGGGAGGAUACCCUAGCGCGGCUGCACCUGAGGAGCCAGGAAGUGACCACUGCAGGUGCCUGUCCACCCCCACAGACUGCCCAAAAGCCCUGCAGAGCCCAGGGAGGACACAGCAUCCAAGCAAUUUUGAAACCAGCAGGACCUCCAAGAUAGAAACUUCUGGAAGGUAUCCAGACACUUGUACAACCAGGCCUGGUGCUGUGAGCCCAGAAGCCCCCCUCUCACCCACCAUCGAAGAAAAGGUCAUGUUGUGCAUUCAGGAAAACGUGGAAAGGGGCCAAGUGCACACAAAGUCGACCUCUGUGGAAGCGAAGCCGAAACCCGGGCCUUCUUUUGCCAGCUGGUUUGGUUUUCGGAGGAGCAGACUUCCAGCUCUCAGUAGCAGGAAAAUGGAUGUCUCCAAAACCAAAGUGGAGAAGAAAGAUGCGAAAGUUUUGGGGUUUGGAAACAAACAGCUAAAAUCAGAGAGAAAAAAAGAAAAAAAGAAGCCUGAACCACAAUGUGAGAUAGAAAAUGAGCUUAACAGAGACACGGAGUUGGCAGAUGGUCCAGACACUGGUUUACAAAGCAAAAAUAAUCUGAAAACACCACAGGACAUUUACGACCAAAUGAAGUUUGAACCGAGAAAUAGACCCAGCCCUGUAACGUGUUCAACAAAAGAUACGUUUCUGACGGAACUUUUGAACAGAGUUGAUAAGAAAGCAGCUCAACAGACAGAAAGUAGAUCAAAUAAUGUUUCCUGCAGGAGUGUGUUAAAGGGCAGCUCCCAGGGCUCCUGUCUCACCAGCGGCUCUAUCAGCACUCAAGGAAGCCACAAGAAAAUCAUCAAAACCAAAGCUGAUAUGGAAAUACCAAAAGGCUCCCUGAUAAAAGAGGCCAAUGAAAACCUGCAAGAGGAUGAAGAAGAUACAAUUGCAGAUUCUGCAUUUCAGAGCCACAUCAUAGAAUCAAACUGCCAGAUGAGGACGCUGGACAGUGGGAUCGGAACCUUUCCACUCCCAGACUCGGGGAAUCGCUCAGCAGGACGCUACAUAUGUCAACCAGAAUCCCCAGAAGACAGUGAGCCCAUCCUGUCUCUCCAGCCAGCCGUUGGUGCAGCUUCUUCCAUCAGAGCCCAGACCCUUGAACGAGAAGUGCCUUCCUCUGCAGACAGCCAGGGCUCUGCAGAUAACAUCGUUGUUCACUCCACAUCCGACCCCAUCGUGACUGCCAGAGGGAUGCGACCUCCUCAGAGUCGCCUCCCCAAACCAGCCUCCUCAGGAAAAAUUGAUUCUCUAAAGCAGAAUGAAGCAGAGCCAAGGCCUCAGACUUGCUCGUCAUUCGAAUAUGCUGAAAACACAAUGGCAAGCCAGCCACUUCCAGACUGGAGGGGUGAAGAUGCCACUGCUGAGACCCAGGACAAGGUACCCAGAAUGUGUGCGUACUCUGCCAGCGGUGGCAGUGAUAGUGACAGUGACCUGGACUAUGAAAAUAAUGGUUUUGGAGCUGGAAGGGGCAAGUUAGUGAAAGCAAUGAAGAGCCCCACCCAAGGUAACGCAUGGCAAGCACACUGGCCAUUCGGGGCUCCCCUCUCUCAGGGGUGCCGCUGAUUAUUCCCUGCCACUGUGCUCUGCCUCCACCUGCCCUUGCUUUUAUAUUUUAGCUGCCCAUCUCUCCUGAGAUCUAAUUUUCUGGUACAUACAGAAGAUUGUCUAUGUGCAUCAAUUUGUUUUCUGGUAUAAUCUUCAUGACAUUGCAGUGCGGUCUGUAAGGAUUUUAUUUCCAAAUCUGGCAUCUCUCGAAAAGCCUCCCAUUGAGUUAUCUCAGUAAUGAAGGAAUGACUAUAAAGAUAGCUUGGUUCUUAAUUACAUACUUUGGCAAGUUAAAUCAUCCAGUAAGCCAUGGAUGGAGUUUUCCAGGCUCUUUGCUAAUAUCAUGCUGUGUAACUCUGGGCCUGUUACCCACGUCAUUAUGAACAGGUCUGUUUAUGAGGUUGAAAUAUCCUCACACUGUUUUUAUCUGCAUCAGAAUUGGCAGUAGAAAAACCAUCAUCCUGAGAUAUUUAAAAAUAUGUAUAUUCAGAUGGCAUUUCCUUACAGAUACAAAAGGACAGAGGAACCCCUAAUACGAAGUGUGAUCUGGGGUCUGCUUUUCUUGUAAUCUAUUCUGGAUUGUCAGAAAUAUUUUAAUGAUGCAAUGGAGAAUCAUUCUUUUCAUACUAAUCAACUUUUCCUCAAAUACUAAUUUAGCAAUUAUAUGAUGAAAUCAUGACUUUCUUUUUUUAAAAGACGGAUAUGUUGCUUUAGCAAAAAACAUAAUUUAGCAACCAUGUGUUUUUCCAAUUUUCCAAGAGUCUUGACAUCUGUGACACGUGGAGUUAAGAUUGGCAUGUGAAAACAGCCAUUAACCUGAGCCUCCACUUUGCUCCUUGCAUCCUACAAGUCAUCAGAGAAGCAGGACCAAUGGUUGAAUCCUGCAAAGGCUUACCAAGAAGAAGGUGGCAAAUGCCCCUGGCAUUUUAGUUAGGUUGUUGUCCCGGUUAGCUCUCUGUGAUCUGUCACUGUCCCUCUGAUUGUGACAAAUCAAGGGAGGAGAGGAGUUCAUUGUCAUGGGACCUGCCUAGUGAAGACACCUGCGGCCAGGCCACCUUCUAGUCCAGGCUCUUCCCUUGAACUUAUUGUGGGUCCAUAGUGAAUAACCUCACCUCACUGACUCAACCUCACCUCAACUGCUCCAUCCAAGAAUGAUUUCCAAGGUCCCGUCUAGCUCUAAAACUUCAUUCAUUUAUUGAACAAAUGUUUAUUGAAAGCCUCCUCUGGGCCAGCUUUCCAGCAGAGAGUAAAUGAACAAAGAUCCCUGGCAGACAGUAAAUAAUAGAUAUAAUAAGCAAGUAAAUGUAUAUAGUUUGUUGAAUAGAGAUAAAUGCUGGGGAAAAGACAAUGUAAGGCAGAGGGGGGUCCCGGAGAGCAGGACUGCCAGGAGUGGUGAUGGGAGGGGCAGAUGUUAAAAUUCCCGUAGAGCAGUCCAAACAAGCCUUACUGAGAAGGAGAUGUUUGAGUAGAGCUUAGAAGGAAGAGAGAGAGAGAGAGCGAGCCAGGCGAAUAUCUGGAGAAAGAGCAUUCCCAGCAGAGGGAACAGCCCAUGCAGAGGGCUUGAGGAGGAACAGCAGGAGGCCAGCAUGGCUGUGGCAGAGAGAGCAAGUCGGAAGAUUGGGCAAUGAGGUCAGAUAAGUAAAAGGAGCCAGAGCUCGUAAGGCCUUGCUGGGCUUGCUGAGGACUUUGGCUGGGAGACAUGUGUGCGAGCCUUUGGACAAGUCAGAGCAAAGGAAUGGCAUGAUCUGAGAUGUUUUAAAUGGAUCAGUCUGGCUGCCAUGUCCUGAAGACUGAAGAAGCAAGAUCAACUGAAAAGCUAUUCCAGUCAUUCAGGCAGGACAUGUUCGUGACUGGGACUAGGGCGAUCCCAGGGAAGGAGUGAGCAGCACUGGCUAACAGAACUCUCUGCAGUGAUUGAAGGUUCAGGGUCUGCACUGCCCAAUACCACAGCCACCGACCACACAUGGCUCGUAAACACUUGAAACAUGGCUAGGUCAAGUAGGGAGCUAAAUUUUUAAAUUUAAUUUUUGCUGUAGUUUUUCUAAGAGUUCUCCCUUGGGCCAUUCUUUUUUUUUUUUCUCUAUUUUAAUUUUUUAAAUUUUAUUUAACUUUAAUUUAAAUAUUAAUAGCCCCAUGUGGCUCAUUCAACACAGGGAGUGCGAAUGGUCUGAUUCCAGAUCUAAUUAAAAAUACAACACAGCUCACUGAUAGAUUGGAGGUGGUGGUGAAAGAAAAAGCAGAGUCAAAGAUGGCUCCAAGACUUGGGUUCUGGAAGGGUAGGCAUUCUGCCAACUGAAAUGGGGAAGUCUGAGUUUGGGGCUCGGGGAGGCAGAUUUGUAGUUAAUUUUAGACAUGCGGAGUUUGAGGUACCCAUUAAGCAAGUGGAGGUGUUGAGUAGGUGAUGGGCUGUGUGAGUGUGAAGUUCAGCAGAUCAGGUCUGGUGUGGAAAAGUAAAUUUUAGCAUCAGCAGGUAGGCGGCAUUUAAGGCCCUGGGUCCAGAUGAGAUCAGGAGGGGAGAGAGUGUUGCUAGAGAGAGGCCUUCAUCUUCCCGAGUUGAGAGGUUGAGGAGAAGAGGAAGAACCAGAGAAGGCAACUGAGGAGGAGCAAGCAGUGAGGGAUAGGAGAGCCGGGCAGUGUGGUGUCUCAGAAGCCAAGUGAAGAAAGAUGUCCGGGAGGAAUUCGUGAUUCCAUAUGUGGCUUGUUAGUAAAAAGAGGGACACAAUCUUCAUAUUCAGUCCUAUGUCUUCCUCUGGCAGUGGGGUUCCAGAGUAGGGUGG